AUGACAAGUCAAAUAUUAGACCUGGUGAAACGUUUUAAGGUCUUAUGUAAGAGUGAUCCGGAUAAAUCAGAAGCUGUUGUUGCAAUUGAAGUCCUAGCACAACUUCAUGAAUUUUCCGAUGUCACAACAGUCCAAGGGCUUCAUAAUGUGAUGAAUGCAGCUAUAGAACGCAUGUGGAAAGAAGGUGUUAACAAUCUCUCUGUUAUAUCAGCUUGCGAAUUAUUCCAGCGCUUUAUUACGCUAACGACAUUGGAUACAGUUGACUUUGAUGGAUGCAAAAAAGUUCUUUCUGAAAGAGCCCAAAUAUUUAUUAGGAAGGUCGGUUCAUGUAGGCGUAAAAUAGCGGAGAACUUUCUGAAUUACAUCCCUAAUGACUCGGUGAUAUUCUUACACUCUUAUUCCCGUGUUGUUCUUGCUGCACUGGCAUAUGCUGCAUCCGUUCAAAAGCGUCCUCAUUGCUAUGUAACAACAUGUUCACCUAGCGGGUUGGGUGCAAAGAUGACGAAAGCGUUGGCUAAAUUAAAAAUUCCUUGUACUCUUGUUCCAGACAACUCUCUUGCUUACUUAAUGCCACAAGUUGACCUUGUUGUUUUGGGAGCUGAAGCUGUUGUGGAGAGUGGUGGAAUAUUAAAUAUGCUUGGCUCUUCACUGAUCGCAAUGACAGCAUCUUCAUUUGGUAAACCAGUUUAUGUGCUUGCAGAAUCUUUCAAAUUUAUACGAUGUUAUCCUCUUGAUCAACGUCAUAUUCCUGACGAAUUCAAAUGGUCUAACGAUCAUGAGUACGAAUCAUUAUCGCCAUCACCUCUAUCUAAUUUAAGAGAUGGAAACAGCUAUUUAACUGAUAAUGAUGAAAAUAACUUUGAUUUCCCGGAAAUGAAAACUCCAUGGGCUGAUGUUGAAGCACAAAGAGUUUCGGUAAUUGAACAAAAGAUGCCUCGAGUAGACUAUACAAGUCCGUGUUACAUUAAUUAUCUGAUAACAGAUCUAGGUGUUUUAACACCUUCAGCUGUUAGUGAUGAAUUAAUUAAAUUGUAUCUAUAA